AUGGGAGACAAUCUCUCUCCCGCCGGGAGCAGCACCUAUUCUUCCAACACGAUGUAUGUAGGGGAUGGAACCUGGGAUGCUACGAGGAACGAUUUUCUGCUGCCAAAUCUGGUGGGAUUGAAUUUUGAGACGAUGAGAUAUAAUGGCAUGGGAAACCGAUUUAAAGAAAUGCCCCAAUAUUACGGCCUCAUACUAGCACACGGGGUUAUCGCGGUCAUUGCCUUCCUCUUCAUCGUACCAGCCGCGAUUCUCACAGCGCGGUUUUACGGACGUUCGCCGGGCUGGGCGUUGAAAUGGCAUAUCUAUUUGCAGGUUAUGACGGUCCUAUUAUCUACAGUGGUAUUCAUACUAGGCUCAUUUGCAGUCGGUUCUAGACGCAGUUAUACGAAUCCUCACCAUGGCAUUGGGCUCGCGAUAUAUGUUCUCAUCUUGGUACAAGCGAUUGGCGGAUGGUGGGUACAUUCUCGCGAGAAGGGGAAAUCGCGGAGGAAGUUGCCUAUUAAAUUGGUUCUACAUCAGUGGAUUGGUAGAGCCGUCGCCUUGUUGGGUAUUGCGCAGGUUCCGUUGGGACUGACGCUUUAUGGGAGCCCCAAGUUUACGUUUAUUCUAUAUGCACUUUGGAUGGCAUUUUUGUUGGUGUUCUAUUUUGUGUUGAGUUACAGGUCGUUGCCUCAUUUUGGUGUCGGUGCGAGGGAGAGCAGUCAUGGCGGGACUGUUAUUGAGGAUCGAAAAUCGAGUCGAUUUGGGGGCUUCUUGGCUCCAUUGACGGCUGGAGCUGUUGGAGCUGGAGCUGCUGCUUUGUUGAGUGGACGCCGACGGGAUAGAAGUAGGAGUCGAAGCAGAUCCAGAAGCAGAAGAGAUGAAGUCCUUCCUAGUCGACGAGGCAGCGGGAGUUACAUUGAGGAAGAGAAGUUCCAGUCGAGACGGAAAGAAUCGGGCACAAUGGACAAGGUGUUCAAAGUGGCAGCCGCUGUAGGUGCUGGUGCACUGGUCAAGAGUCUAUUGGAUCGACGGCAUAGGAAGGAUGAGGAGAGCGAAUAUUCUUCAGUAGCACCUGAUACACCAUCACGCCGGCAUGGACGAAGCUCGCACUACAAUGAUACUGAGAUCAGCGAAGACAGCCGAAUGGAACAAGGCCGACGACCCCGAAAUCCCAUAUUGCCCGGCCCAGGAGACCCCGUUGCAGCAGCUUCUGCUAUGAGUGCCGCUGAAGCUAGACCUCAUACCCCACGGCCACUUCCUUCACAUUCUCAUGGUCGCCAAACCAGCUACGAUUCUAAUUCUUACUAUGACUCGGAAUACUCUCCAUCUCGGCAUCCACAGUCAACACAUGGCGUUCGGAAUGGGCUAUUGGCAGGACUGGGAUUGGGAUGGUUUGCGAAAAAGAUGAAGGAUCGCCGGGACAAAAAGGAGAUGGACCGUCUCGACAGAAUAGAAGCAGAGCGCAUCGAAUCCGAACGCCUAGCACGACAUGGAUCUAACGCGGGCGGAUCUAGACUGACUGGAGAUGGCUUUCCGACACCCAUUCGAAAGCACCGACCUCAAGAAUCAAACAUAUCGUCGGAUCUAUCAUCAAUUAUCGAUGAUCCACAUUCCAUUCGGCCAGGAGCUUCCAUCCCACCGGUUCCAUCCACAAUGGCAGGAGGAUCAGCUGCGGCUCACCAGCCGGGAUCGAGAAGCAACCUUACAGAACCUCUAGUAAUGCCAUCAGCACCCCCCGAUCCACAGGGUAUCCUACACCAAGACUCAGAGAGCGAAACCUACAUGUCAUCAGGUGGCCAACCACGCCGCCGGCCCUCAGCACGUCGACGGCGAGAAGGUGAAAAAGCAGCUGCAGUAGCAGUAGCAGCAGGCCUCGCCGCAGAAGAAGAAGCGAGAAGACAUCGCAGUAGGAGUCGUGGUGGCGAACCCGUGACUUCUCCGCCUGUCAGCGUCAAAGUCAAGGUACAUGGCGAUAAAGACCGAAAUGUAACUUUAAGGCGGUUAACAGAGCAAGAAGCGGCUGCGGAGAGAGAAGUCAGGAAGAAGAAUUCCCAUCGAGAGCGCAGGCGGCGGGCCGAUAGUCUGAGUAGUUUGAGCGGUACUGAUACUGCUAUUUCGAAUCGACGGUAUAGGAGGAGUGAGAGAGCUGCUGAGAAGAGAGCUGAAGCGAGCGUUCCUCCUCCACCUGCAAUGGCACCAUUAGAUCCUCCGAGUCCCGCAUUCGCUGGUGGGCGAAAACCAAAAGACAGCGCAUAUUACAGCGGCCGGCCAGGCGAAUCAUCAGCGCUUGGGGGUGAUGGAAGUGUAGGCAGUCAUGGGACGUGGAGUGGAAUGAGUCCUGGAAGUGGGAAGGGGAGUGGGAGGGGAAGCACUAUGAGUGAGGAUGCGGCGGAACGGCGGCGGAGGAGGAGGUUAGAGAGAAGUCAGAAACCGACGGGGACUGUGGAUUUCACUUGA